UUGACCGUGUUUGAUGAAAGACGCUAAGUCCGGCUAAGUUGGUUUGUUUGACUAAGUUGCGAAUUGCAGAACUUGUUAUUUGCGACAAUUGCGACACGUAUCACGAUAUGAUAUUUAAGAGAUACGAAGAGAGAUUUGAGGAGAUUGACUAGAUAAUUGACUGAAAGAAAUGGCAGAAGAUGAGAUACAUAUACGUACAUUGGCUACAUUCGAUACAAAAUUUCCAGCAGACACCGUCGAAUGGUGUCCUGUAGAGCCAUAUCGAAAUUUAUUAACGUGUGGAACAUAUGAAUUAAAUAAAAAUGAACCUAACACAAAGUCUACAUAUAGACAAGGGCAAAUUUUAUUGUUGCGUAUAACAAAUGGUGGAGAAUUAGAAUUGCUGCAACAAGUAUGCACUUCAGCUAUAUUGGAUAUGAAAUGGUUACAUGUCAUAGAUAUUGUAGAAACUCGAAUAUUACUCGCAGUUGUCGAUUCCAUGGGAUACUUACAAAUUUAUCAACUAAAAAACGAUGGAAAAAGAAUAGAAUUUAUCACUAAAUUAAAAGUCAAUAAUGAGGAGAAUGUCAUGGCGUUAUCUCUUGAUUGGUCCAGAAGAAACAGCCCUGCCUCUGAUCCUAUCAUUAAUACAAAUAUUCUUGUGAGCGACAGUGCAGGACAAAUCUCUCGUUUUACGUGGGGUGAAGCAGGUGAUCUGACGAAAGAUUUUACAUGGCCUGCGCACAAGUUCCAUGCGUGGAUUGUCGCCUUUGAUUAUUGCAAUCCAUUAAUUUUUUAUUCUGGAGGCGAUGACAAUAGAUUCCUAUGUUUCGAUAGCAGAACUGGAUCUCAUCCUGUAGUUGAAAAUAAAAAGUAUAUUGCCGGUGUCACUAGCAUCCAUAGUAAAAAAUUCUUACUCGCAACCGGAAGUUACGAUCAGAAUGUAAGACUGUGGGAUAAGAGAAAUUUCGCGCGACCAAUAUCGACGAUUUGUCUCGAUGGUGGAGUUUGGCGUUUAAAAUGGGAUCCGUUUACUCAUCAAUACCUGCUUGCCGCCUGUAUGCACAAUGGUUUUAAGAUCAUUAAUCAUGAUGUAUUAUCGUCUGUUGUUGUCAAUUAUAAAGAGCACAAAGGUUUAUCGUAUGGCUGUGACUGGUCAUUCUUAAAACAAUCGGAUGUUUCGAAUUUAAGCAUAUCUAAUGGAGACACUUUGAUGAGCACUUGUUCCUAUGAAGAUUGUCUCCUUAAAGUAUCUGUAAUUGAUUUUUGGCCGGACAAACGUAUUGACGAAAAAGAUUACUAAUAUAAGAUGAAGGAUAUUCC